AUGAUACACGACAAAGAUCGUUUUACAUUGAACAAUAUUAGAGACUACCCUAAAACAACAUGCGGUUUGACGAUAAACGAUAAUUCAUACAAAAAACAACAGCAGCAAUGGAACCUGACAAGAAUUAAGUCAUUCUGUCAAUCGUUGAACGAACGAUUCUCUCAGACCGAUAAUAUUAUGAAGAAGUCCGGUUUUAAGCACACAGAUAAUCCUGUAAUUAUUCGUUGUGAGGAUUGUAAAUAUGAGAUAUCGAAUUGGACUAGUGACAUGGACUUACUUAAAAUUCAUACAACUAUGCAACCAAAUUGCCCAUUUGUAUGCAGAGUCAAGUCGUCAACAUUGUUAACAACUACAUCUCAAUCAGCUUUGCCUUUGCCAAUAUCGACAGGCCUUCCCAAAACCAUUACCUUAUUGGAGGGUAACGAAAGCCCAUCGAAGCGACAGAAAGUGGAAGCUGACAAUAAUAAUAUUUCUGUGAUUAGGUUAAGCGAAGCCAAUAUAGUACAACAAAUACGUAAACGAACAUUUUCACACUGGCCUAGUAGGCAUACAGUAUCAGCGGCCCAAAUGGUUGAAGCAGGAUUUUUCCAUUGCAACGUCGGAGACAGAGUUAUUUGCAUUUAUUGCAAUUUAAUCUGUCAAGAAUGGACAUCGAACACAGAGGAUCCUUGUGAAGUUCAUAAAACUCUGUCGCCCAACUGUGUAUAUGUUAAGUCGAAAUUAAUUCGACGCGACUUUGGCCCAUUAAUGAUUGUUAAUGAGAGCGUGGCGGGUGCUAGUACCGCGACUGCUGAAGUAGAAGCAUGUACUAGUUCUGAUCAAUAUCGAUGCAACGAAUUCGUUCACACAGCUGCAUGCCAUUCCGCAUUUAUCGAAUUACCCAAACGAGCUAAUUCGUUUGUUAAUUGGAACGAAGAGAAUAUGCCGUCCGUCGAUUCUCUUGUACGGGCAGGGUUUUUCUACACAGGUGUCAAUACGGUUGUCACCUGCUUUUACUGUAACGGAUCCUUACAAAACUGGGGUCCUAAGGACAACCCAACUAUUGAGCACGCGCGUUGGUUUCCGCAGUGUGCUUAUGCCAGACAACUGUGCGGCGAUGAAUUAUAUCGCAAAAUCCAAGAAUCGAAACGUGCACAACAAGAACGCAUUAGAAUGAAUGAAGCGAAAAACAACGCACAAAGUUCAGCCAACUCAAAUACUACUAGCUCUAGUUCUACCCCCAAUCCUAAUAGUCGAAUGUUACACAUACCGGAUGAAAGCACUCUUUCAAGAUUGGUAGCUGCCCGGCUAGACUUGCCCGUUUCGCAAAGUUUAUUGGGAGAGUUCAAACUGUCAAUUAUUAAACGGUGUUGGGAAGAUCAACUCCGUCUGAAACUUGAUGAUUUUGUCAGCGACUGCGAUUUACGUAUGGCAUGCACAAUCCUUCAAAGACAGAUUACAGUUAUAGAUGGCAAAAAAGAAAACAUUAUUGUGCCACAUGUUCGAAUGAGAAAGAUUCGAGAGGAUGCCGAAAGAGCACGUACAGAAGCAAGUCUACGUGAGAGAGCCAAUGCAGAACAAAAGACUCCUAGUGCCGAGAACAGUGCCGAAACGAUGACUACACCAUCAUCUGACAACAACGUUGAAAUGACAACACCUGAGCUACCAACAUCAGCAAGUAAAGCAAACAGUGAGAAAGAGCAGAAAGCGCCCAAACCGGCUGCCUCGAAUGCUGGCCAACGAAAGGAAAAAGAUGAUACACCACUCGCGAAUGUAUGUGUUGUAUGUAUGGAAGAAGAAAAACGUCUUGCUUGUAUUCCUUGUGGGCAUUUUGUCGCGUGUGUUCCAUGUGGUCAUUCCUUACGAUGCUGCCCGAUCUGCCGACGGGAGGUUGACGCAUUCGUCAGGAUCUUUAUCUGA